CGCCCAGGACCACUUCUUUGGUGGCUCCUCCGUUACCACCGGCACCGAGGAAAUCCUCCGUUCAGUCCGACAGCAGCGACAAGUCCGGAAGCCCCCAAGCCGCAACCACGACCACGCACAAAUCAGGCCCUAGCAUUCGCUGGGAUUCCUCUCUCGAUAUGCCUCCCAGCGCCCGUCGUGCCAGUCAAUCUCAGGAGAAGCCUCCGGCCGCUUCCUCCUCGAAUCGUCUGCCAAGCAUGGCCGCCGUGAUGUCAGGCCUCGACAUCAAGGUUGGGUUCCCGAGCUUUGUCAGAGGUCGGGACUCUGGCCGCAGUUCCUCAUCCCGAGGCAACUCGCUUGACUCGCGAGCGCCGGCGCUCCGCUCGACCCGCUCCAGUUCGCCAAAGCGUCGCUGGCUGAGCCCCGGUUCACGCAAUCAGUCGGUCGAUACCGCAAAGCCUAUACUUGAGAGCCCGAAGGAGAGCCCGAAUGAGAACCCAAUGGAAAAGCUGAAAGAGAGUAAGGAGUCGUCUAAGGAGAAACAGGCCGAGAAGCCUACAGAAAGCACUAAAGAACCGCUGAAAGCAACCCCCAACGAGAAGCCAAAAGAGAGUGUGGCGAUUGGGAGCGCCCCGAAGGUCUCUCCUCCUCCGACCCCUCCAGCAACAUCCCAGCCAGCAGUCCAGCCUCCACCAGCUCCUCAAUUCCCGCCAGAGGCGGAUGCUAAUUCCUCGGCUCCCGGAGAGCAGCGGCUCGAAAAGGACCACUACGACAGCGAGAACAAUCCGAUCGAGACCAGUGAUGAGGACGGUGACGAAAUGUCUUCCAGCGAUGAUGAGAGCCCAGAUCGCGAGUCGGAAGAGAACAAACGGGGACGGAAAGAGACGGUCGACCAUGAGCCUGCCAGGAUCGCUCCGCGCACGACAACAAAGACGGCUCCGGCAUUUCAACCCAGCAACAACUCCACAGGCAAGUCUGAGUUCAUCCAUUCAGCCAAGACAGGCCCCGUCUCGAAGCCUGAUGUCCGCCCCCGAACGAGCUUCGACUCCGCCUCAGCGACCAACACCCCAUUCGGCUCGGAGGACGAGGCAGAGUUGUGCGACAUCAAACGCGCUCAGAAACUCAGCAUUGAAAUGUCUGCGAUUGAUAGUUCGGUGCACAACCGAUCAAUCCGGACGAUCAUCCGCGGCGACUAUCCCAGCAUACACGAAGAGGAAGGGGCUCGUCGCCGCCAGCGCAAGUAUCUAGUGACGACGGACCUCAGUGAGGAAUCGGUGUAUGCUCUGGAAUGGACAAUUGGUACCAUUCUGCGGGACGGCGAUACGAUGUUUGCGGUCUGUGCCAUGCAUGACGAGACCGCUACUCCGGCAGCCGUGCAGAUUGGGGAUGGGGCCAAAGCCAUGCAGGAUGCUGCUGCGGUGGUCGGCUCGCAAACGGCCGAGACGGCGGCGAAAUCCCAGAAUGAUUCCAGCUCGCACCUCCCUCGAACCUUCUUCAAUCGCCUGGGGACCGGCACGGACAGCAAACCGGGCUCGGUCGAUGCACGAGGCAUGUCCAAGGCAGAAUCCGAGCGCGUACGGGCGGUGGAGGUCAUUUCGCAGACGUGCGUGCGUCUCUUGCGAAAGACGCUACUGCAGGUGCGCGUGGCGGUAGAGGUGAUUCAUUGCAAGAGCCCGAAGCACAUGAUCACUGAAGCUAUUGAUGGAUUGGAACCUACGCUGGUAAUUGUUGGGGCCAGAGGACGAAGUGCACUCAAAGGGGUGGUCCUCGGAUCAUUUUCGAAUUACCUGGUCAUGCACUCAUCAGUACCGGUGAUGGUGGCCCGCAAGAAGCUAAAGAAACAAACCAAGAACAAAAAGAUGAACGUCCGACUUUCCAACAAUCUAACGACGCCCAAGAAGCUAGCGUUGGCCAAAGUGGACUGAAUGACUGCAAUUUGACCUUUCUCCAUGUGCUUUCUCCGUUCUUUGUUUUUGCACACGAUACCAUGACGGUUUGACGGCGGUUUGGCGUAUCUAUCUCACGAUUCUAGCCUGCUUUUCUCGUGGAUGCUUUUCUUUUCUCUAGCUGUAUCAGUAUGACAUUCAUGACGAGCUGAUCUGAUGAUUUCAUUUCGCUUGGCGUUCUUUUUAUUAUCUGACUCGAUUGUGCAGCCUAGCACGGAUGGGGACAUUUUAUGGCGGCCGCAGAUGGCUUUGUGGGAUGUAUGAGUCACUAGUUUCACUAUCUCUCUGCAAGAACACGACUGAUUAUCGUAUUCUUGGU